AUGGAAAAUCAACCUACGCUUGAUAUUCAGUCAUUAAAGCAAGAAUGCCCAGGAGUGGAUUUCGAUGCUCCUUUUCAAUUCAAUAAGGAAUUCACCGUCGGUCACUAUGUCCUGGAAUUCCUCCCAACCACUUUGGAAAUUAUCAAGAAUUCACCAAACAUCAAAAACGACACCAUUCUCAAGUUUGUCAAAGCAGACUUUAAAGACUUUCGCUUGCCAAUCACUCGCACUCAGUUUAUGAGAUACCUCCAAUGUACGGAAGCAUUCGCUGACGACUUUAUGGAAGCUCAGUCGUCUCAUUUCGCAGUCACCUUUAAACCGAAAGAACACAAAAUACUUCAAAAGUAUGAAACUGUACCCUUCAAAAUCAACCCACAAUCAAAAACAAGCACAUGUAAUUACGGUAUCGUACAGCAAGUUCAAAUGGAAGGUCAAAAAUUCGCACGAAAGGAGCAAAACAUUACUAAUGAUGCUGUGAUUAAUUCUGAACUUGAAAUUUUGCUAAAGGCGCCAGAGAAUCCUCACCUAAUCUCCUAUCAUGCAUCUUACGAACAAGGUGGUAAAUUCUAUUUCAUCCUCUCCCCUUGGUGUGAUUUGGAUUUGGAUUCAUUCUUAAAAGCUCCAAUGAAUCAUAUCAGCCCUGUGAUUUGUGAUUUCGGGCUUUCAAAAAUUUUCAACUCAGAGUCAAAAUCAAUGAAGAUAGGAGGUACAACUUACUACAUAUCACCGGAACAAGCCAGAGGAGAAAAAGUAGGACGUUCGGCAGACAUUUUUGCUUUGGGGGCUAUCUAUCUCGAAUUAGGGAUGCUGCUAUUUGGGAUUAAACGGAAAGGGAGAAAAGCGAUUGGUUUUAAUGGAUUUUAUACAAUAGCUGAAAGUGACUCUGUUGGUGAAUUACUGCUCUUGUUCGAAAAGGAAGGAUACGAAGACUUUUGUGCUUUGUUUCGUAGUCUGCUUGAAAAGAUGCUUGAUAAAAAACCUGACAAGAGACCCACUGCGUUUGAAGUUUGGGAAAUGACCCAAGACAUUUUGGCGAUACUCAAGCUGGAGCAUCAUUGUGAUGGUGUAUCCGGAAGUCCAGUUGAUUCCGAACCAAGUCAAAAAGAGGUUGAAGGUUCUUCAUCUGAUAGCGACGAGGAAGAAGAUUGUUUUUUGUAUAAACCCAUUUGA